AUUAGCGGAUACGGGAAUGUUAGGAUCAGAUCCCACAAGCACACAGGUCAAGUAUAAAAUAGAACUUUUUACCUGUUUGCCAUCUCAAAAAUUGACUGGUCUGUAUUGUAUCCCAUGGAAAUUCUGCCCGAUGAUUGUUUAGCGCACAUUUUUUCGUUGACGUCUCCUCGAGACGUAGGCCAAUCCUCUGUUAUUUCUUCCACGGCGCGCUCGAUGGCGAAUUCAGAUAUUAUCUGGGAGAAGUUCUUACCACCCAACUAUCGUGAGAUUCUCUCCAGGCUGGUCGCUCCUUUGAUCUAUUCCUCGAAGAAAGACUUGUUUCUCAGUUUAAGUAAACCACUUCCAAUUGAUCAGGGUAACAAGAUGUUCUCAAUAGAGAAAUCAACCGGUAAAAUAUGCUACGUGUUGAGCGCGAGAGAGCUUUCAAUUGCGUGGGGAAGCAGCCCACUCUACUGGUCCUGGAAACCUUUUCAACCCUCGAGCAGAUUUGCAGAAGUGGCUGAACUGAGAACCAUAUGCUGGCUGGAAAUCAGGGGGAGCAUCGACGCCCGAAUGCUAUCUCCGAGAACGAUAUACGGAGCGUAUCUGAUAGUGAAAGUGGCGGAUCGCGCGUAUGGAUUAGACUCGCUGCCAUCGGAGCUGUCGGUGGAGGUUGGUAAUUUCAAGUCAAGAGGGAGCGUUUAUGUACGAUGGCCUUUGAAGGAGAAGGAGGCAAGAAACUGCCAGAGAACAAUAUCGUCAACCUCGAUAGAUGGGAAAUGGCCUUGUAAGCGAGAAGACGAGUGGCUGGAGAUCGAGUUGGGCUGCUUCUUCAACGGAGGAGGAGGAGAUAAUGAGGUCAGGAUGUGCCUCAAGGAGGUCAAAGGCGUCCAUUUGAAAGCCGGCCUUAUUGUUGAGGGUAUUGAAAUUAGGCCGGUUCCAUUGGACCAGGCCUUCACUUAAGCACUUAUCGGGCUUUCUUUGUUUUCAGUCAAACCCUAACCCUAGCCCUUCUCUAUAAAUACCAGAUUUUCCGUUUACAUGUCACUCCGCUCUUAACUUGUUCCUUCUUCAACGCCCCCCGUGUCCUCGAUCUUUUUUUUUUUUCUUUGUUUUUUUUUUACCCCCUUCUUGUUUUCGGGUUUAAUGAGACGGAGUCAUGUAAUGGGAGCAAUCUGUUGAUGCGUAUGGGUGUGAUAACGUUAUUUGAGUGACUUGCGUUGAUUUGAAUUUGCAAAUUGCGAUGAGGAUAUUUGUGUUUCCCAGCUCACUACGAGGCCUUUUUCUCAAGGUCUGGGAGUAUAACUUCUCACAUCUACCUGAGCUUUCCUGACUCGGUUCUAUUUCUAUUAUUCUGGAAUUUUUUUUUUUGACCUGGUAUUAUUUUGGAAUUGCUAUCUUUUAAACCGUAACCCUUUCACAAUGAAAUAAAUUAUAUACAUAGACAGACCGGUGUGUUCCGUCACGCAUGGUGGAAUCGUAAAUGACAAUGACUGUAAGCGACAGCAAUUGUUACGUUAGACUGGAAACUAAAACAUAUUGAGUGUUCGGGUCACUAAACUCCUUAGGCCCUGUUGGUUCAAGAAAAGGGAAAAGAAGGGAAGGGUAGGAGAUAGAGGGAAAGGGAGGUGAGGGGGGAAGAGGAGAAGGGAAGGAGAGUGGGGCAUCUCCUCAAAUUGGACUCCCCUCCACAUUAGUCCUCACCAAAAGAGGGAAGGGAAAUUUUUUUUAAAAUUUUUUCUUCUCUCCUUUCCAAUCAAACAUGAUUUUAAUCUCUUCCUUUUUCUUUCACCUAUGUGGAGCAUGACUAAAUGAGGCACGCUCAUCUCAACAUACUAGAGAAAAUUGUACAUCUAUUUUUAUUGGCUCCACGAAAGGAAAAAGGAGAGAAAGGGAGAAGAUGGAGGAAAAGAGAGGUGAGGUGAGGUGAAAGGAGGGGAGAGGGGCAUCUCCUCAAAUUGGAGGAGCGGUUUUGAAAGAGACCCAACCAAAUAGGAUCUUAAUCUCUUCCUUUUUCCUUUCACCUACUUGAAGCAUGACUGAAUGAGGCACGCUCACGUCAACAUACUAGAGAAAAUUGC